AUGCCGAAAUCGCGCCGCGACAAGGUCAUCGCGCUGACGCAGACGAAGAAGAAAGGCCGCGAGUGGAAGAGCGGCCUCAUCGACACCGUGCGCGAGGCGUUGGACGAGUACGACUCCGUGUACGCGUUCCGCACGGAGAACCUGCGGAACAACACGUUCAAAGAGCUCAAGUCAGACCUCGCGGAGAGCUCGCGAUUUUUCAUGGGCAGCAACAAGGUCCUGCAAGUCGCGCUCGGCAAGGGACCGGAGGACGAGCAGCGCGAGGGGUUGCAUCAGCUCAGCGCGCACGUGCGCGGGCACGCGGGGAUCGUGAUGACGAACCUGAGAAAAGAGGACUUGGAGAAAGCGCUCGAGAAGUACAAGGUGAGCGAUUACGCGCGCACCGGCAGCCUCGCGCCGGAGACGAUCGUGAUCGAAGAAGGGCCCGUGCACGGCCCUCACGGAGGGUUGAUGGAGCACACGAUGGAGCCGACGCUGCGGAAGAACGGGAUGCCGACGAAGUUGAACCGCGGCGUCAUCGAGCUCCUCGCGGAUCACGUCGUGUGCAGAGAGGGCGAGCACGUGUCGCCGCAAGCGGCCAUCUUGUUGCGGCUGUUCGGGCACGAGCUCGCGACGUUUUCGAUCGACCUGCUGUGCGGCUGGCGCGAGGGCGGAGAGUUCGAGGAGUACGACGCCGCGUUGGAAGGCGACGACGACGACGACGACGUCGACAUCGGCGACGUCGAGCGCGAUCGGUUCGCGUUCGAUAACGUCUCGAAGAGCAUGAUGCUGCCCCCGGAACUCAUGAACGCGGUCCCGGGGCAGCCGCUGGGGGGUGGGGACGCGCCCGCGAAGAAGCGGACGUCGACGCGGAAAAAGGCGGGAACGAAGCUGUGACGCGUCGUCGUCGUCGUCGUCGUCGUCACGAGUAUAAGUAUACGUACUCGCGCGCGUGGUGUAACUAACGAAAGACGUCUGUCUCCGAUAAGAAUCGAGUCGCGCUAC